AUGAGCGAGAUCAACCAACCCGUUACUGAAGGACUUAAGACUUCGCCACAAAAAACCACUACUCAACACUCUCACACAAGUGGCUCUGAUCGCAAAGAUGAUUUGGGUCCAGAAACCCAAGUUGAGGCGAAUAGGGAUGCCAUGGUGGUGGAUGAAGAAGUCCAAGUUGGCAUCGUGUCUGAAGGUGAUUCACCUAACGUCGAAGGCGCAGACACCACUGCUUUGGGAGGUGUUGAUACCCAAGAUGAGGAGCUGAGAAGAGACGACGAAGAAGAAAAAGUCGAAGAGCCGCCGGUAUUCGAUGACGCUGAUAAUGAUGAUGAUGAUGAGGAGCUUGAUGACCAAGAAGAACAACCUUAG